UUCCAGACGCGCCACUCCUGUUAUUCCCUUUCUUGCGCUCCAAACGUAAGGCUCUCAAGCCGCCACGUCGCACUCCCCUCCCCCUCCACUAUAAAACCCCGAUCUCCCUCCUUCCCCUGUUCUUCACUUCUCCCCACAAAAUCCGCCAUUAAAUCCGAUCAAAAAAAAAAAAAAACAAUGUCGACAGAGAAGCCAAUGGAAGUGGUGAGGAACCUCGACGUCCCGCGGUACAUGGGCAGGUGGUACGAGAUCGCAUCUUUCCCGGCCCUGUUCCAGCCGAAGAAGGGCGAGAACACGAGGGCGACCUACACGCUCAAGGAGGACGGCGCCACCGUCGGCGUGCUGAACGAGACGUGGAGCGACGGGAAGCGGAGCUACAUCGAAGGGAUCGCGUACAAGGCCGACCCGGAGAGCGACGAGGCAAAAUUGAAGGUGAAAUUCAAGGUUCCGCCAAUCCUGCCGGUGUUUCCGGUCACCGGGGACUACUGGGUUCUCUACAUCGAUCCGGAUUACCAGCACGCCCUGAUCGGCCAGCCCAGCCGCAAGUAUCUCUGGAUACUGAGCAGGACUCCUCAUAUGGAAGCGGAGGUGUACAACGAGCUGGUGCAGAGGGCUGUGGAUGAAGGGUAUGAUGUUAGCAAGCUCAAGAAGACUCCUCAAGCUGAUCCGGCUCCGGAGGCAGAGCAGGGUCCGGAGGACAAGAAGGGUUUCUGGUGGAUCAAAUCCCUCUUUGGGAGAUAGACAGCACAAGAACGUAGCUUUGCCAUUAAUGGGUCUUUGUACUUUGUAGUGUGUGCUUUUGAGUGUAAUUGCCUUAGCCCAAUUGGUAAAUGUGUGAGAAAAAGCCAUGUUUGUAUGUUUUGCCUGCCUCUUUUGGUACAGUGCUUCACCUGAAGAACUGGCCUUGAUUUUCAUUUCAAGGACACUUUUAUUUAAUGGUUUUUCAGACUUUUGGUGCCAUCUUGGCUCUUGGGUUGAGAUUUGUAGCUUUCGGCUGGCUAAAUAUCCAGGCUGACCUGUUAGUCUUUAUCAGAAAUGGAAAAACCUAGGCGCUGUCGGGUCUGUGUAGUGCAUAAUUAAUGUUCCAUUUCCAUCUAUGGUCCUGUGAAGAUGGUCUUGGGCGUGUCAUGUAUAGGGCUGGC